AUUGACAGACGCUGCGAAGCCUCGACACAGAAGGACACAUCACUAACAGGAGAAGCUCACUGUGCUCUGUGGAGAAAGGCCUCAAAGUGAUGACUUUUAUAGGAUGAGCUUCUUAAAGAAAUGAGGGGAAAAGGCGGAAUUCCCCUCGGACAGAAUGAAAGCAGAGCAAGAGGAGGAACUUUCUCCUUUCAUGGAAAACGAGGGACGACACAAACUACUGUAUGCUGCUUUUAACCCUGAAGUCCGACUGAACAGAUUAGUACAAUGUUCCAGCAGCUGUUGGUAAAAGAAGAGGUCCCCCCUGAGUGGAGCCCCAGCCUGGACCAGGAGGAACCAGAGCUCCUCCAGAUUAAAGGGGAACAGGAAGAACUCCGGAUCAGUCCAGAGGGAGAGCAGCAUAAUGGUCUGGAGGAAGCCGACAUCACCAAGUUUCCAUUCACUGUGGUUAUUGUGAAGUGUGAAGAUGAAGAAGAGAAAUGUUCACUGCUUCAUCACAGCCAAGCGGAGGACAACAGAGGGGCAGAGCGUCCAGCCAGCAGCUCAGCUGUGCAGAUAAAACCAGAAACUGAUGGAGAGGACUGUGGAGGAUCAGAACCAGCCAGGAAGAGAGAGCCAGACAGUCAUUCACAACCAAACACUGAUGAUGAAAAGACUUCAGUCUCUCCUGAGACUGAAAUCCAUUACGGUGACUGGCAAGACCCUUUGUCAGAUUCUGAACUUGAACCUGAAGACAGUGAUGAUGAUUGGAUGGAGACCAGGUCACCUGAGUCUGCUGUGAAUGCUCUGAAAUAUGAGGAAGCUCCUGUAAGUGAUGAGGCAUCUAACACUGCGAAAAAGUCAUUUGGCCUCACGAGCAGCUUGGAUAGUAAAAAAUCUUUUAGAGUGAAGCAACCAGCAGAAACAAAGACCAGAGUCCACACAGGAAAGAAACCAUUUGAUUGUGAUGAAUGUGGGAAAAGAUUUACACAUCAGGGAAGUCUGAAGAGACACAUGACAGUCCACACGGGAGAGAAACCAUUUGGUUGUGAUGAUUGUGGGAAAAGAUUUACACAUCAGGCAAAUCUGAAGGAACACAUGAGAAUUCACAGAGGAGAGAAACCAUUUGGUUGUGAAGAAUGUGGGAAAAGAUUUACACAUCAGGGAAAUCUGAAGUCACACAUGAGAAUUCACACAGGAGAGAAACCCUUUGGUUGUGAAGAAUGUGGGAAAAGAUUUUCACAGCACAAAAGUGUGAAGAGACACAUGACAGUACACACAGGAGAGCAGCCAUUUGGUUGCGAGGAAUGUGGGAAAAGAUUUACAGAGCAGGGAAGUCUGACGAAACACAUGAGACUUCACACAGGAGAGAAACCAUUUGGUUGUGAUGUUUGUCAGCAAAGAUUUAUGUGGAAGGACCAGCUGAAUUUACACAUGACAGUUCACACAGGAGAGAAACCAUUUGGGUGUGAUGAGUGUGGGAAAAGAUUUACAGAACAGGGACAGCUGAAGAGACACAUGCGAAUUCACAGAGGAGAGAAAAGAUUUGUUUGUGAUGAUUGUGGAAAAAGAUUUACAGAAAGUGGAGGGCUUAAGAGACACCUGAGAGUUCACACAGGAGAGAAACUAUUUGGUUGUGAUGUUUGUGGGAAAAGAUUUAAAUGGAAAGCACAUUUUAAUAAACACCAGAAAGACCACAAAGUAUAGAAACCUUUCUAUUUAGGUUUUUUGUUGAAGACAAAUUAAGUAACUGUGCUGUAAGAGCCUGAGCAGCUUUCAUCUCUUUCUCCUGUGUUUGUCUUAAAGUAUAUAAAAUGUUCCUAAUGAAUGUGUCAAAGUUGUUUGUAAAUGAGAGGGAAUGAAACAGUGUCUUUAACUCUCUGUUUUUUGUUAAUACUUUGUUAGGUACUAAAAUACUUUCAUUUACAGCUCCCACACUUUUUUCUGUUGUUUUCUUGAAAUAAGCUGUAUGUUACUGCAAACUCCCUAACUGAUGAUUAUCAAUGGGGAAAGUGCAUUGUUUAGUUUCCACUUUUAAUUAAAUUCUACUAUAACCUAGAUGGUGUUUAUGACUUUCUUUUCUACAAACAAGCAUACAGUUCAACAUAUAUUUCCUGUAAUAAAUAUGUCUCGAGAUGAUACAUUUUAAUCACUGUUAUAUUUGCCACUUUUAGCUGAUAGCACUGAUAGCCAUGGAGGGCUUUAUAUGUUGGAGGACGUGUCUCCACCAGAGUCCCUCCUGAUGAUGAAGAGAAUCUGUUAGUGUGAAAAAUA